AUGCCGGUGGCGGGGCGCGUCCCGCGGCGGGGCAGCCCCGCGCCCCCCGCGCCGCCCCGCAGCCGCCGCCGCCGCGCCGGGAUGCCGGUGGCGGGGCGCGGGCAGCCCGCCUCCUGGCUGCUGGUGCUGGGCGCCGCCGCGCCCGCCCUCUGGCUGCGCUGCGUGCUCGCCGACUUCACGGUGGACAACGAGGUGCACUCCAGCUUCAUCCACCGGCGGCUGCGCGGCCCCGAGCGCCGCGAGAUGCAGCGGGAGAUCCUCUCCAUCCUCGGCCUGCCGCACCGCCCGCGGCCGCACCUCCACGGCAAGCACAACUCGGCCCCCAUGUUCAUGCUGGACCUUUACAAUGCCAUGUCCGUGGAGGAGGGGGCGGCGGGGGCCGCCGCCGAGGACGGCGAGGGCUUCUCUUACCCCUACAAGCCCAUCUUCAGCACCCAGGGGCCGCCUCUGGCCAGCCUGCAGGACAGCAACUUCCUCACCGAAGCUGACAUGGUCAUGAGCUUCGUUAACUUGGUGGAGCAUGACAGGGAGUUCCACCACCAGCGCUGCCACUACCGAGAGUUCAGGUUCGACCUCUCGCGGAUCCCCGAGGGGGAGGCGGUGACGGCGGCCGAGUUCAGGAUCUACAAGGAUUUCAUCCGCGAGCGCUUCGACAACGAAACCUUCCAGAUCAGCGUCUACCAGGUCCUGCAGGAGCACCCGGGGAGGGAUUCAGAUCUGUUCCUGCUGGACUCCAGGACGAUCUGGGCUGCAGAGGAAGGGUGGCUGGUGUUCGACAUCACCGCCACCAGCAACCACUGGGUGGUGAAUCCCCAGCACAACCUGGGCCUGCAGCUCUCCGUGGAGGGCAUUGAUGGACAAAGCAUCAACCCCAAGCUGGCGGGGCUCAUAGGGAGGCAGGGCCCCCAGAACAAGCAGCCCUUCACCGUGGCCUUCUUCAAGGCCACCGAGGUGCACCUGCGCAGCAUCCGCUCCACGGGCGGCAAGCAGAGGAGCCAGAACAGAUCCAAAACACCAAAGAACCAGGAGGCAUUCCGGGUCUCCAACAUUGCAGAGAACAGCAGCAGUGACCAGCGACAGGCCUGCAAGAAACACGAGCUCUACGUCAGCUUCAGGGACCUGGGGUGGCAGGACUGGAUCAUUGCUCCGGAGGGCUACGCUGCCUAUUACUGUGAAGGAGAAUGUGCUUUCCCCCUGAAUUCCUACAUGAAUGCUACAAACCAUGCCAUUGUACAGACACUGGUUCACUUUAUAAACCCAGAGACUGUGCCGAAGCCCUGCUGUGCCCCUACACAACUCAACGCCAUCUCAGUGCUCUAUUUUGAUGACAGCUCCAAUGUUAUCUUAAAAAAAUACAGGAACAUGGUAGUACGAGCAUGUGGCUGCCACUAGGUUUGUAGGACAGAGGACGAAAAAGGAAAAAGAAGUUAUUUGUAAAGAGUGGGUUUGUGUGGCUGUGUGGGGUUGGGGGAAAGGUUGGUGCUCCAGCCAUGGGUUUAAAAAAGUCCCAAACCAUUUUAGGACCAGGCCUCUGAAAGUUCAGACAAUGGAACAGUUUCUGGAUCUGAAGAGGCAUUUGAACACAUUUUGUUUUAGUUUAUUACAGACAAUGAGCUUGUAAACUGAAACAAGCCAGAGAAACCGUUUAAAACCAAAUCUGCUUACAAAAUUGGCUCCUACAGUACAUACUUUUGCAAAUGAGUCUUUCUGGAGAUUGCAAACUCACCAGUGUUGAUUGUGAGUAAAACAGUAAUAAUCUAUCCAAGGUGAGACUGUGCUGUGACUAAUAAGUGUGUGUAGUUCCUGUAACACGGUUUGCAAUAAAAUAAGUGAACAAAAUAUACCUGGAGUGAACAGGUAUUUUGUUAGAGAAUUAUUGCUUCCAUCCCUUUGCUUCAAUUUCAUAGGCAAAACCAAGGAUGAAUUACAUGCAAGUUCCAGUUUUAAACUACAGUAACAAAAGCUGGAUGUGGAUUGACACAAAUUCAAAGGACAGAUUAGUCUAAGGAAAAACAAAUCAACUGGCAAGCAAAAGAGCUGAAGAAAAGUACUUCAAAGAGUGAGAAUUUUGGGGUGUACUUUUUUCUGUCAACAAGGAAGGAGAUUUCCUCUAGCAGCCAGAAGGUAUUUCAAUUUGCUAUGAACUUGAAACAGGAAAGCAGCAAAAUGCUGAGAAGCAGGGAUUAAUCCUGACGUGUAGCUGGGGUGCCCUAAGCAGUCACUGUAGGAGCUGUAACUAAAGAUCCUGCUGCUGUGUGGAAAAUGUCCAUUGACCUCCCAGAGGGAACAAGUUGUUCCCUUUUCCAAGAACUUGGAG